UUUCGAACAUCAGCAAAUCGUUUUUUCACCCUGUUCUGGAAAUCGAAAUCGUUAAAAUUUUCCAGUUUUAUUUUCGGCAACUUAAACGUUAGCGGUUUGUGACAUUCUUAUAAACUGUUUGUUGAAAUAAAUUUAUCAAAAUGGGAAAACACAAGAACUCCAAGCAAGAGCUAAUUUUAGUCGAGUUUAUGGAAUCUCAUCCAGAUUUGGCGAAGAAUUUUUCGAAGGGCGACAGAGUUGCUGUUGAGGAAAAGUGGAAAGAGCUAACGACGCUGCUAAAUGCAGAAGGGCCGCCCCAAAAAGAUGUUAAUGGAUGGAAAAAAAUAUGGUCUGACUGGAAGGGGUGCAUUCGGAAAAAGGUUGCCCAUAACAAUCUAGAAUCGAGGGCAACAGGAGGUGGACCCUUUAAUAAGCAUGUACUGACGAGCAACGAAGAAUGUGUUGCAAGAACUUGUGGAAUUUUUGCAGCCGUUGAGGGCAUAAGCCAUUCUAGAAGCUUUGGGACAAAAGAAAAUAAUAGCGCUAUCGAAUCUGAGGAAGAACGUCCCCAAACAAGUAGGGAAGCGGUGGCUACCCCGAGAGCUGCAAAAAGGCCACGAGUGUCAACGCAGGACAGCCAUCAGUCCUGUAUGGCAACGCAAUCUAGUUGUAUGGAGAAAAUAUCCACCACUUUAGAUAACAUUUGCGAAAACCAACACAAGAUUGCAAAAUCGCAGGAAGAUGAAAGGGAAGAGAUUCGACGACUUUGUCGUGCUGUUGAGAAACAAAAUGAAUUGCUGGCAGAGCAAAAUCGCUUGAAGACUCAAAGUAUAGAGCAAAAGCAAAGACAUUACCUCAAAAUGGAGCAGUUGCAACAGGAAACAGUUAAUAUUAAAACUAAAAUGCUUGAGAUAGAGACUGAAAAAUAA